AACGUUGCAGACUUGCGUUUAUUGAAGUCACAUUUUGUUGGUACAGUCCGCUUAUUCUCAGCGACAUAAGUACACCAAAUCAAGAGAAUUACUUAUUUGUGCAUCGAACAAGUUUAAAUCAUUGUGCCAAGAGGAAAAAAACAAAACAUCUAUGCCGACUCUUUUGAUUCUGCUCUCCAGUUUUACGGUCAAGAUUUUUUUCGUCUCGCAAACUGGUAUAAAUAUGAGAUGUAUAGUACUGGGGUAAUUCAGAAAGCAGAAGUCAAAUUCAGAGCAAGAACUCACUUACACUAUUUGAAGAGUCUUUCAUCAUCAGCAUUAUAAGCAGCAGCAGCAGCAGCAGCAGCAGCAGCAGCAGCAGCAGCAGCAGCAGCAGCAGCAGCAGCAAUAUGUCUGACUUUGGAGAACAGUUUAACGAGCUUGGGGCCGUCUCUCUGCCCCCAAUUAAGAGUGUUAAGGCUCUCCCGUUUGACACACCGAUUGUGAUAAAGAACGCUGAAGUGAAGCAGACACGCUUCGGCGCUAAAAUUAUGCUCACAUUUGAAGAUUUUGUGGUGUUCUUACCAGAACGCUUUAGUACUCUGUCAUCGCAAGCUGUGGAGCACAUGGCGACGGGGGGCUACAAGCUAGUCAAACUUAAAUCAGAAGGGGAUAAUUAUAUUUUAAAUUUUUGUAACGAAUAAGAAAAAAAUAAAAUAAACUUUUUUUAUAAAUAUUUAAAACAAAACAAAAACAAAAAUGGGUGAUGCUUUACAUAACAAUAACAAUCCUGGGCCUAGUAACACAAAUCCUGUCGCUAGUGAAAUACGAUAUUGUGAUGUCUGUAAUCUAAAUGUUGCUAAAAUUAGUUGGUCGCAUCACUUACGCACCAACUUGCAUAAACAAUUAUCUGGUGCGCAAAUAAGUGAUAACUUGCGGUGUAUAAGAAGUGCAUUUCGGAAUCGUAUUGAAACUUAUAUAAUCACAAAUCCAAAUAAAGAAUGCUUGGAUAUCAAUUUAUUUCAACAAUCAAUCAAAGAACAAGUGAUCACUCUACUCCAAGAAGCUCAAAAAAAACACGUCAAUAUCAAAUUUAAUUUUAAACAAUUCUGUAAUUAUGUUUUGAUUAAAGAGAAUGAAGAUCAUUGUGAAAUCAAUCUAAAGUCAUUUCAAACAAAAAUGCAAGUCUUAAAUCCAACAAUGAGUCAGACUGAAAAUCUAAAUGAAAUAAUCAAAAAUUUAAAUGACUAUAUAAAAAGUGAGAUGAGCGAGUUUCAAGAACGAGACAGUGGUUGGUCCCUAAUUGAAAUAGUUCAUUUAGAAGUUAAUAUAAAUAAAUAUCAGCCAAUAAAGGGCUCGAAUUUCAUUGGUUUACCAAGAGAAAUAGUAAACAGAAAAGCCUGCAUCAACGUGCAAAAUAGAGACGAAUAUUGUUUUAAAUGGGCAUUAAUAUCGGCUUUUGUGAAACUUCCAGUUAAUAAGAAUCUACCCAAUCAAUAUAAACGUAAAGGCAUUUACAACAUUGGAUCGGAUAUAAUAAAUAUAAAUAAUAAAUCGUUAAAUUUUAGUGGAUUAAAAUUCCCCACACCGGUCGACAGCAUAAAAAUAUUUGAAGAAAAUAAUCCUGAAAUUAGUAUAACUGUUUUGGGUGUAGACAGCGAUGAAAAGACAAUCAUCGGUCCAUAUUAUUUAACUAAUAAUAAAACUGGCAACGUUUUACACACUAUAUAUCUACUACUUCUCGAGAAGGAUGACAAAUAUCACUAUGCUUGGAUUAAAAAUAUUUCCAAAUUACUUCGCAAACAAAUAACGAAAAGUACGAGGAAGAUUCAUCUAUGCAAUGGCUGUUUUCUACAUUUCUACGUUAGCGACAAACUGGAACGACAUAUUAUGGAGUGUAAUAGAAUUAUAACUGAGAUGCCUACAAAUGAAACGGCGACUUUAAGAUUUAAAAAUUUAAAAAAUCAAUUAGAUGUUCCUUUUGUAGCAUAUGCUGAUUUUGAGUGUAUUUUAGAAGGGAUGAAUCUGAAAACUUCGGAUAACAUAAAUUUGAUUCAAAAGCACAUACCGUAUGCAUAUAGUUAUUAUAUAAAGUGUUCAUUUGACAAUAGUUUGGAUAUAUAUCGAAUAUAUUAUGGUGAAGAUUGUGCAACACAUUUUGUUGAGAGCAUAUAUAAUGAUUGUUUAGUGUUAUAAAAAAAUAAUUGACUUAGAACAAAAUUGUAGUAUAUGCGGUAAUAUAUUAACUGAUCAAUCUAAAAGAGUUCUAGACCAUUGUCACUUAACAGGCAAAUAUAGAGGUGUAGCACAUAAUAAUUGCAAUUUAAACUAUAAAUUAGCAAAAUUUUUCCCAAUAUUUUUCCAUAAUCUCUCGGCAUACGAUGCUCAUUUAUUUGUAAAAGAAUUAAUUAAAAUUCCUGGUGAUAUUUCUAUAAUUCCGCUAAACAAAGAGUUUUAUAUUUCGAUCUCAAAGAAAAUUUAUAUAAAUCCCAAUGAAACGUUAGAACUUCGAUUUUUAGAUUCAUUUAGAUUUAUGCCUUCCAGUUUAGACAGCUUAGCCAGUUAUUGGGUGGGCAAGAAAG